CCCAAAAAUUAAGAAUAAUUGGAGCUACAGCCCAGUCAUCUGGACCAAAAAAAUUUAGCGAAUAUAUAGGCUCGCUGAUGUUAUUCAGAGCUCGUCAAUCAAAAACAGCCAAGGCAAACAAGCUACUAAUCAAGAAGGACAAAAUAAAUACCUCCUCCCUACUAGCCUUCAGACUCAAGCUGCUAAGUGAAACAUUGCCAUCUAGGCAAUUGCUACACGAUCGAUAUCCAAGCACCUACGCUGAUAAUCUUUGCUCCAGGUGCCUUACAGCAGUAGAAAUCCAGAGUCACAUUUUUAAUUGCUAUAAAAACAUUGUAGCAUACAACGAAAUGGAAAACAAGAUAAGGACAAGUCUAAUAAAGCUUGUUAGGAAAAACAAUAAUAAGAAGCUCUUAACAGAAAUCAAAAGAAGAAUACAAAAACUAGACUUUGGCCAAAAAUUCAACCUAGACAAACUUGCAAGCGGAAUGCUAAGCAUAGACAUACAACUACCUGUCACCAGUCACACCAAGAUGGCAAACAAAAUACUAGCCCUACUAUACCACAAAUAUGGAUUCCAAAAUCA